AUGGACUUACUACUACUCUUAAUCUUCUUUGUUGCUCAAACCUUUGCCGAAACCAAUGAAAAUCUGAAUCCAAAACCAAGAAGUGUCAUCAAUGAAGGUGAGUUGUGUUCUUAUUAAUGUACUACUGGCCAUUUUUAGGGGAUUUAUGGAUUGGAAAGAAAGUUCUUGCCAUUUUAAGAUUUGUAAAGAAAGUUCUUGCCAUUUUAUGCCUUGUAAAGAAAGUCUUUGCUAUUUUAUUUGUUGUAAACAAAGUUCUUUCCAUAUUGUUUGAAACCCAAAAACAGAUAAGUCGAGUCCGUAGGCAUUUCAAAGUCCAUCAACUUUUCCCUGAGGACAUUGCAGCCAAGGGCCAGUAAAAAUAAUUUCGCCACUCAAACGCGCAAAUCGACGAAUUAUCAUGACAUUUCAGGCCUUAAGGGACCUAUUUCGCUCGGCUUUCCCACUUUUUUGGGGAAUUUCAAACGCCACAAUUUACGACUUUAAUUUUCGAUAGUGAUUACUGGUCGAUUUUGAGUUGUUAGGCAAAAACAUGCGUUGGGUUUUGAUAAAAAUGGCAGAAAGCCUUGACAGUUGACAAAAAAGUCACUAAAAAUGGUGAAAAUUGGAUAAAAACCAUCCAAAAUCACGAUUAGCGUAUUUUACAAAAUUUCAAUUUUUUUAAAAUUUAAAAGAAAUAAUUUUUUAGUGUAUUCUACAGUAUAUAAAUAUCAAAAACUUUCUUUACAACCUAUUUUGUAUUAGUUAUUGACUAUUUUCGCCAAGCGGAUUCGAACCCUCUCCGAAUAAUCAAGUGCACCGUUGCUUAACUUGCCAGAUCGGACGGGACCGUGUUUACCUUUCGCGCUAUUGAAGCAAAUUGCUCAUAAUGGCGGGAAAAUUGAAGAAACUUUAUUUACAAGCUUUCAAAUACUUUUUAAAAAUAAUUUUUAAAUUUAAAAUUUAAAAACUGACAGAAACUUUGUUUCCAGCCUUUUUUUCGGGCCAAAAAGCUUAUUAUUUACAAUUUUUUAAACUGCAAUGUUAGUUCGAAAUUGCAAAAACUUUGUUUCCAAUAAAAAAAUUAUAAAGCAUGUUGCACUUUUAGCAGUUUUCCCAUUAGUUUUUGCGUUUCCAAGUCAAUUUCUCACUUUUUGUUUAUAAAAACUUACAAAAAGCUGAUUGGAGGUCAAAUUAACAGAAACAAUGGGCGAUUAAUCUUGAGAUCGAAUAGUUUUUUGGCUUUGGGAAAGUUACAAAUUAAAAGUGAUGGGAAAAUGAAUUAGUAAUCUGAAAAAAAUAUAAAAAAUUUGCAACUUUUUAAUUUUUUUUUCUUUUUGGUCGAAAUAAGAGAAGUUUUGCAUUGUGCAGCCUGCGGAGGACAAGUUAUACGAUGAAUGUCAUUUUAGGUUUUUGUAAAGAAAGUUGUUGCCGUUUUAUGGCUUCUAAUCAAAUUUCUUGCCGUUUUAUGCUUUGUAAAUAAAGUUUUCUCCAUGUUUCAAAAAUUCAACGUUGAAACUCAAACUGCCACUUAAAACAUCCGUAAUUUCAAAUUGAAGCCAUUUGAAAAGCGAUAAAUCUAGUAGUAUAUGUUCAUAUUGGCCAUUCAAACGGUCGUCCUAGUUUUUGUGACAGCCGGACAACAUUUAUCUGUUUUUUAAACGAAUGGCUUGUAGACGUUCGCAAAGGUCGUUUUGGACCGAAAAAUGGCAGGAACUUUGUUUCCAAAGCAAAAAAUAGAAUUCAUCGUAUAGCUUGUCGCCCGCAGGCUGCACAACGCAAAAUGCGCUUAUUUUUAAUAGAAUUGGCAGGAACUUUCUUUAUAAAGCUUGGAAUGGCAAGAACUUUGUUUACAAAACAUAAAAUGACAAGAAUUUUCUUUACAAAGCAAAAAUGGCAAGAAUUUUGUUUACAAAACACAAAAUGGCAAGAACUUUCUUUCCAACCCUCUUUUUCCCAAAAUUUGCCUAAUUCAUUUCUAAUUUGCAUAAAACGACAAAGAAUAUUACCCAAACCCUCAUUAUGUGUCCUCAUUACUCGGUAUCGCAUUUAUUGACAUUGCGCAAUGUUUUCGAAUUAUUUUAAUUACAAAUGGACAUCAGCGCGUAUUAAUCCGCAUAAUAGCCGCCGGGUCUAAUUAAAUUUGACUCAAACAAAUCUAAUUUUACAAAAACAACCGGAAGGAACUUUGUUUACGAAGCCAGGAAUAAUAGUAUUGGGAAAGUUUUGUUUACAAAAGUGUCAUUACUUUUGACAUGAAUUGAAAAAUUGUAUUUAAAAUUUAAAAAACUAAAUUUUUUUUGGUUAAAAUGGCAAAAAAAUAAGAAUUUUUGGCAAAAAAUUUUAAAAAACGCAAUAAGUUUGUUUACAAAAUAUAAAUAUUCACAAAAUUUUAAAACAUGAAAGAUACUGCUCUACUACAUCAUAAAAGUAUAAAAAACGUUUUUUAAAUGACAUUUCACACUUAUUAAUGACGAUUUCCACUGAGCGGAUUCGAACCCUCCUGGAAUAAUCAAGCGCACCGUUGCUUAACUUGCCAGAUCGGACGAGGCCGCCUUUACCCUCUGAGCCAUAAUAACAAAAUUCCCAAAACAGCCAAAAAAUUGCAAAAACUUUGUUUACAAGUUUAGAAAUGAAAAAUAAAACAAUUUUUAAUCAAAAACUUUUUAAAAAACAUAAUUUUAGGUACAAAUCAAGUCAAAUAUCAAAGUGCGGCCGGGACGCAAGAGAACUUUCGAUUGAUGGACGUAUAUGGUGACUCUAUAAUUAUUGGAGCACGGGAUGCUGUUUACAAUUUAUCAAUUCAAACUUUGGAUCCUAAGUUUGUAAGUUUUUUUGAAAAAAGCCGGAAGUGUUGGGAUGCGCGUGAUUUUUAGGGACAAAAACGUGAAAUUUUAUGCAUUUGAGACACUGAGAGACUUCCUCGGUAGAUUAGUUAAUUUUCUUGAUUUUUGGGUGAUUUUGAAACAUUUUCAGUUUGUAAAAGCUUAAAAAGAUAUAAAGGAAUAUUUUUAAUAUAUUUUGUUUAAUUUUUAGUCGUUUCACAUCUUCUAACAUUGAUUUCCACCUCAUUUUAGACGAUAAAAUGGCCGGCAUUAGGACAAACCAUCGAAGAAUGUCAUAUGAAAGGCAAAUCCGAAGCCGAAUGUCAUAACUACAUCCGAGCCGUCACUCCGCUUCGAAAUGGUCGCACUUUGGUGUGUGGUACACAUGCCUUUUCACCACAAUGUCGAGAGUACGACUAUAGUAUAGCUGAAGAUCGUUAUGUGGAAAAACAAGCCUUCAGCGGUCAAGCUAUUGUGCCAUAUGAUCCUAGACACAACUCUACAUAUGUUUAUGUCAGAGAGAGCAAUGACAUGUUUGUUGGAACUGUCAGCGACUUUGGAGGUAACGAUCCAUUGAUCUACAAGAAGAGAUUGCCUAGAGGAGAGAAUUUGAGGACGCAGAAGGAUGAUUUGAGGGUUAUUGAUUGUAAGUUUUGUUUACAACAUUAUAAUUUGUAUUUUUUAUUGAAAUUUUAGUCUUUGAAAUAUUAAAAAGGCUAAAAAUUACAAUUUUCUGUCCAAAAUAGCAAAAACUCAGUUUCAGACACGUUUUUAAAAUUUAAAAUUGCAAUAAAAAGUUGAUAAUACUUUUCUAUAUUAAGCAAAUAUUAAAAAACUUUUUACAACCUAUUUCACCCAAGUUAAUGCUCAUUUUCUCCAACCGGAUUCGAACCCUCUUGGAAUAAUCAAGCGCACCGUUGCUUAACAUGCCAGAUCGGACGAGGCCGCCUUUACCCUUUGCGUUAUGAUAGCAAAUUGGUCUUAAUUAGCGGAAAAACUGAAGAAACUUUGUUUACAUGCUUAAGAAAGUAUAGUAAAAGAAUUUCUUGGAUUUGAAAAUUUAAAAAAUGGCAAAAACUUUUUUUACGAAACUUUUUCGGGCUGAUUUACGAGCAAACUAUCUCUUUUUUACAAAAUAGAAGAAACUUUGUUUACAAAGUCAUAAUAUUAAAUUUUCUUGAUUUUUUAAGAUUUUUAUAAUGAGUCAUGAUAUAUAAUGGCAUAUUUUUAGACCCGGACUUUGUGGGAUCGUUCGUGUACAAAGAGCAUGUCUACUUUUGGUACCGUGAGAAGGCGGCCGAAAGCAUGGAUAACAAUCAUGAACGUCAAACCUACGCUAGAGUUGGUCGAGUUUGUGCCAAUGAUCACGGUGGACCAUCGCCAGCCCAAGACCGAUGGUCAUCCUUCUUGAAGGCAAGGUUGAAUUGCUCUGUUCCGGCGGACGUGCCAUUCUAUUUUAAUGAAUUGCGUACGUUUUUUAAAUUUAAAUUUUUAAAUUUUAGGGGUUGGAUAUGUUACGGUAGUGUAGAGACAAGAUAGAUGACGGUAAAGGUAGGGCGGGUAGGAUAGGGUAGAUAAGGGAGGGUAGGGUAAUUUAGGGUAAGCUGAAUUAAGGUAAGGUAAAUUAGGCUAGGACAAGGUAGUGUAGGGCAUUUUAAGGUAGAGGAGGCUACUGUAGGCCAUAGAUACUUUAGAAUAAAGCAUACCACUGUACGUCAGGGUGCAGUAAGGUAUGAUAGAAUAUUCUAGUGUAGGUUAGGAUACUGUAGUGAAGAAUAGGGUACUGUAGGGUGAGAUAAAGCAGUACAGUAGUGUAGCUUAGGAUAACUCGUGGUACUGUGAGUAUUGGAAUUCUCUUUACUUUACAGUAAUCUAUUUUAUCCUACUUUACCUUACCUGACUCUACCUUGCCCUAACCUACCCUAUUCUACUCUACUAUCCUCUACUCUUCCGUGUCCUACGCUACCGUACCUUAAUCUACCUUACUCUGCCCUAUUAUAUCCUGCCAUAACCUACUUUACCUUUCUGUACACUGACUUGCUAUAUCUUGGCAUACUCUACCUUACCAUGCUCUACUCUGUCCUACCUUAUUCUACUCAACCUUACUUUACCAUACCUUCCUUUGCCUAUAUCUUAUGUUAAGGUAUUAUAGUUGUGGUAAAAUACGAUAUUCAGUAUCUUCAUAAGCAACAUUUUUUAGAAUCAAUAAGUGAUCCAAUAGAAGAUGGCGCAGGUGAUGCGGUUGUCUACGGUGUCUUCCAAACUUCAAGAUCAUCAGUUCUACUCUCAGCUGUCUGUGCCUUCAAAAUGAGCACAGUGCAAGAACUUUUCGAUCACGGCCGCUUUAAAACUCAACGAACGCCACAAUCAGCCUGGGUACCUAACCAACGAUUCUACACGGCUAGCCAGGAAAGGCCCGGAAAGUGUGUUAUGGACAGUCGGAGGUUGGCUGAUGUGUCAUUUAUCAUGAAGAACCCUUUGAUGUAUGACUUGGUACAGUCACAGGGGAAGCGGCCGUUAUUGGUGGAGGGACCGGCCAAGCCUGAAUUAACUGCCAUUCAUGCUGUUAAACGGUAAGUUAAUAUACCCCCUACCCUCGUAGUCUGCUCUACAGUGGCAUUUCUUAUUCUGGGUUACUGUAAUGGGACCUACUGUGCUUUAUUUUGAAUUACAGUACUAUACCUCACCUUACUCUAAUUGAUUUCAGAGUAAAAUCAGUCCGCGGCCAAUACCACAACGUCAUAUUUGUUGGACGGCACGACGGAACGAUAGGAAAAAUUGUCGAAACAGCCAAAAAUCAAACCACCGUUCUCGCAGAGAACGUUCGCGUCUUCGAACCGCACGUCCCCAUCAUUCAAAUAACGUCGGCUUCUGAUCUGGAGCUUCUCAUCGUUGCUAAAGAUCGAAUUGUCAAGGUUAAUGUACAACAUUGUGACAGUCAGACCAGUUGCUCAUCGUGUGUAAGGCUGAGGGAUCCUCACUGUGCUUGGGAUAUCUCUACGAAGCGAUGUGUGCAUCGAACGUGAGUUAGUUUGGAAAAAUUUAUAAAAGUUAAAAAUUUCUGGGAAAACGACUAUAACUUUUUGAACAAAACUAAAAAAAUUUAAAAUCACUUUAUAAUAGAUUAAAUAGACCCUCCUAAAUCCAAAAAUAAUAAUUUACCUUUACAGUGACUGGUCGCGCGGCUCCUAUGUCCAAAACAUCUUGACCGGCAUCUCCGAACAAUGCCCAAGUUCGGUUUAUGCUCAAACAAUCGAUGAAAACAGCUAUGCCAUCGACGUGAAUGGCCCCGGAUUUGGAGAACAGAUUCUUUUGGGUCAGAUAAAGUCAGAAGGACUCAGUAAUUCAAGCACAGAGUCGGCUUCGGUGACGGUAAUGAUGACAAUCAUCGCUGCCAUAAUGUGUGCUUCGUUAGUCGGGUUUUUGGUGAGUUUCUUGGAGAUUUUGGUUGACAAAUGGAGUUUUUAAGUAAUUAUAUAAUUUUUGAUUAAUUUUUAUGUUUAAAUUGGGUAAUCAUUGAUAAGUGUGUUUUAUUUUUAUGUGAAGGAUGGGUUAUGGAGAAAAAACGUGAAAUUAUAUGCAUUCUUCACGUCUCUACAACGUUAUAGAACGAAGGCGUAAAAUUUUAUGCAUGAUUUACGCGUUAUGUACACAAACGUUAAAUCUUAUGCUUUUUUUAUUUUUUAUGUAAAAUACGUGAUGUCUAUGGAUUUUCAGCCGAAAAACUAAUAGUUAACCAUAAAUUUUUAAAAUAGAACUUUUCAAACACAUUUGCAUCAACAUUAACCACUUUUCUUUCAGAUUGGCUACAGAAUCUCGAAAUAUCGCGCGGCCCAACAGCUCGGCUCGGCCGCCGGCUCCUCCAAUGGUUCGGACUGUGAUUCCUACGGCCGUGCCCGCUUAACACGGCACGAUUCGUUGAUAAUGCACAAAGCGACGGUUGGAUCUGCACCCGGAGAGCACAUAUACUCGUCAGCACCGGUGAGUCGAGGUGGUGCUGAUACGGUAUCGCUGGUGUUCAAUGCCUCACUUCACAACGGUCAUAUGCCGGUGAUGACGUCGAUAUCGAAUGGAGGGAGUGGGAUACAGACGCCACGGCAUGCUGAGAGGAAUCUGAUGUUGGGGCAGAGUAUGGGCGCGACACUGCCGAGGGAUUACAGGGUCAGGAAAGUGUAUUUGUAGGUGUUGAGGUGGAUUAUUUAGGUAAUUUUUGGUAUUUUAAAGGUUUUUCUGGGUAUUGUAAGGUGUGUUUUGGGUAUUAAAGGGUGUUGUUAGGUAUUAAAAGGUAGACAAAGGGCUUCUUUAACGAUUUUCUUAUAUUAUAGUAGGUGGUUUAGGUCGUUUAGAUGCGUUUUUGCGGUUUUUACGCUUUGACGAGGCUUGAUAUAUCUACUACAAUAUAAAAAACGAAAGAAGCUUUGAUUUUAUUCCUAAAAACCUAAAAAUCUUUCUGUUCUAGCUUUACUAUACCUAAAUACACCUCCAUAUACCCUGUUACUCUGUAAAUACCCCAAUAUAUCCAUCUACUCUGUAAAUACGUCUUUUCUCAAAAGUUAUAUCGAAUAUCAUCGCUGCCAAACCUUAUUAUUGUUAUAUAUUUAACUAUGUCGAAACGGGUGUUAAUGUAGUCAGAUAUCUUUGUUAUCAACUGUACAUGUUCAUUUGAUCUCGUAUCUAUCGCACUUUUAUAUUUUUUGUUACAUCGUAUGUUUGUAUCAUAUAUUGUAUGGUAAAUUUAAUAAAUUUGAAGAUAUAUUGUGGCAGAUGUUUUACUGUAUGAAGAGGUGGGGGUAACUGUGAAGGUAGUGGGAUGGCGGUAGGGGUAAAAAUAUUGUAUAAACUAGAUUAAUAUACAGCUUUUUAACAUUAAAAUAUGUUGUGAUAUGACAACAUACACAUGUACAAACAUUCCUUAUUUUUUAUAUGUUUUUCAGUUGUCUUUCAAAUAGCAUAUAACUUUUAUAAAACGAAUUGUUAGGGGAUUUUACAUUUGUUUGUUACAGAGGAGUUCGUUAUACAAGAGUUUCACCGCAUCAAACUGUACGAUUCAAAGCUUAUUAUCGAAAUACCUUCAAACUGGCAUUGAAUCCGAUCUUAAAGUCGAGCCUGCGGUCUCGUAGGUUGUUCACUGACGGCCAUUUCUAGAAACAGGAGAGUGCGAUCAAUUGCCUUCAAUAAAGGUAUGUCACACGUUAUUGUAGGAUAGGGUGAUGUAGGAUAAACCAAGACAAGGUAAAGUAGCGUAUGGUCUGGUAAAAUAGGCUGGGGCAGGUUAGAGCAGAUCUACAGUAUGUACCUAAAAAUUACAGUUUGUACUUAAAACAUCAAGUAUCAUUUAAAGCAAAACGUCAUUUUUAAAAGUCAUUUCUUACUGUUAAGUGUAUCAGUUCAAUAACGAAUCGAAUUGUUAUUGAACUGAUACACUCAAUUAACUGGUUUUAUCCGCUCAAAAACAACAUUAACUUUUACUGAUGCGACGGAUCUGUGAACUGCCUUUUUACUAUGGUUUAUGACGGCAUUUGGGGUUAUAAACAUCUUAAAUUUGAUGACUAUUUUAAAAAAUUUUAUUUUCAACUAUUUUUAAAGAUUUUCGUCCAUUUUUUUUAAUUUCAAAAUUUUUUUUUAAAUUUAAAACUUAUUUUUCAGCUUAAAAAAGUUUUAAAAAUAAUUUUUGUUUGUUACAGGGUUCGUAUUUUACAUUUUUUUUAAUUUUAGAAUAAUGUCACUGAAGUUGGUGAUUGCCAUUUCUUUAUUGACCAUCCUAUGUGAAGCUGCUUGGGACUGUGGGUCGAGUAACGAUGGCCUUGGAGGCUCAUCUCUUCUCUUUUCAGAAGGCUUGGUCAAUCUAAAUUGUGCUCAACAAAAAGGUAACAAAUUUAAAAAAUAUAAGGCGCCGACAUAAAGAAUCCGCCAUUUUUUACAGGUAAUUACAGGCAAAGUAUGGCGGGUUGUUUAUGUCGGCACCUAAUACAGUUUAACUCUUGUAUAACAACGUAGGUCACUUAACGUUUUUUAAUUUUAGCCAGACUAAACAACUGUUGUAAAGCCCACGACAAAUGUUAUAAUAGGCAAAAAGGUCGUGUUCCUUGCGACAAUCAGUUCUGCGAUUGUGUCGCUGUAAGUUUCUGUUUUACAUUACAAUGAAACGAUGGAUAAAGAAAAAACAGGACCGUUUAGGGUAGGAUAGGAAAGUGUUGAUCUGUCAUAAUCUUAUUCUUGCUUACGGUAAAAGAAGGAUAGGGUUAGGACCGCCAAGGACAAUGCUAGGGUUGGACAAAGCUGACUGAAGCAAGAGUAUGAAUAAGAUAGAGUUAGACCCGAGAUUAGAUAAAAGUAGAAGAAAGCUAGUACAGUAAACUACUGUAAAGCAGAAACGAGGUACAGUAGACACGGUAAAGGUAAGGACAGAACGAUUAUGAAAAAUCAUAGUAUGGUUUCAGUAAAGCACAAUAGGCGGGACAACGUAUAGUUCAGUAUAGCAAAGCAUAGUGAAGGGUAAGACUAGAACUAAGGAUAAAUUAAGGUAAGGAAAGGUAGGGUAGGGUAGGGUAGGGUAGGGUAGGGUAGGGUAGGGUAGGGUAGAGUAGGGUAGAGUAGGGUAUUAAUUAUAUAAAUUUUAGCGUAAUGCUGUGCCAGGCCCAUGUAAAGGAUUUACUGAUCAAAUGUGCUUCGCUGUUCGUGCCUUCGGCGAAGGAGCUUAUAAAGCAUCCAGCUAA